AUGUUUGUUUCCAUCUUUCUCGCGCAUGUGGCCGCCCUGGUGCCUCGCGUGGGCGGCUUCGACCUUCCCAUUGACUGCUCGGAGAACGCGCUGCUGCAGCCCUCCUCGCUGGAGAGCGAAUAUGAUUAUGACGGAGCUGCCUGGGUCUAUCCCGCGCACGCGGAGCGGCAACUCUUCCUGGAGGCUCUCGCCGGGGAGAUCUUGACGGAUCCCUUUUUGCGGGGCGCCUUUGGGACGGAGGUGGACAAGUUCAUCGCCAUUGCAGGUAGUUUCACCUUUUUGACGCUGCUCUUGGCCAUCUCUCCCAAAGAGAUCGACCUGGUGGAUGUGAAUCAAGGCCAGCUGGACGUUUUGAAGGUGAUGAUUACGCUCAUCAAGAUGAGCCACUCGCGCGCGGGCUUUCUGAGCCUGGUCUUCGGCCGCAACGCCAAGCAUUUGGACCAGGAGCUGCUGAGAAAGACGCCCUUGGUGACGUUGGACCGGCGCGAGGAGUUGGCGAUGUAUCCAGAGAAGGCCGCCAAGGCGGAGGACUUUCUGCAGGCGCCGGUGGACAUGGCCUUGAUCUACAGUACCUUUGCCACACUCAUGGAAGAAGGUGCGCAGGUCGCCUGUACCUACGGCGUGUUGCUACAGAAGUGGUUUGCCGAACCCACAGCGCUCACAACGCACGAGCGGAUCUGCGAUCACAUCGGGGUGUUCGGAGGGCCUGUCAUCCGUCCCAACGAGCCCCUCUUCCACUGCUCCUUCCAGCUGGGCGAGGGUUGGCUUCGCUCUGAUGCCACCUUUAAUCGAGUACGAGACGCGCUGGACACCAAGAUUCGCUACCUCAAAAAGGACCUCAUCAAAGAUCUGCCGGACAUAGUGAAUCCAGCACAUCGUACCGUGGUCUAUUUGUCCAACAUCCUCAGCCUGGGCGUUGGACACGUGAAACUCGCCAAUCUCAGCUUCGAGAGCGUCUACCUUGGCACCUUCUCAAGUGGAGGAUAUGUACGGCCAUUUUGCUUUGAUCUGCGCUGCGGAGAGGUCCGCUUUGGUGAUAGUGACGAGCUCACUCGGAAAUACGUCAAGCAUCUUGCUGCAUUGUUCGCAGUGCUGCGUUCAGUGCAGCAUUUUCCGCGCUUGAUCGAGAUCACCCACGUCGUUCCGUAUGGCUUCCAGGAGUUCGAAACAGGCUCCGUCGAAGCGGUGCUUCUGGGCAAAUACGUGCAACUGGAUGUCCCCAAGCUCCAUCGGCUCAACGUCGGCCUGGAGGAGUUCGAACAGAUAUCCUUGCUGCGCCCUCCGGAGCUGGUGGAGGCAUCUUGCUUGCUUCACAACUUGGUGGGCAGCGGUGUUUCAUUGGACAAUUUCUUAUCGGUUUUGGCCCAUGCGCUGUCCAGCUGUGAGCGGACCAUUGUGCUGGAGCACAACCGCGAGAGCUUAGACUUCCGGGAGGAGCCCAGCAGAUCUGGAUGGUUUACACCCAGAGGCUUGUUGGAACUCCUGCAGCAAAGCUCCAUUGACCUGGGUCUUGGGCAGGGCACACCUGGUCACCUAGAAUGUGCCCCUGGAAUGAAAGAUGGCUGCAGGAAUAUGGUCAUCGCUUUUGAUAAGCUUCAUGACUUUGUGGAGGCUCCAGAAGAUAUGCACCAACGGACUCUGCUGAAGCUUGUUGAAACUUUUCAAGCGGUGCAAAGCGUGUAA